UUUUAUGUCACUUUAUCAUCAACCUUCAUCAAGUCGACAAAACAUUUAACAAUGGAGAAACCAAAAAUCAAAUAAAAAAUGUAACUUAAAAAUAAACACAACCACACAGCCGCAGCAUAACUCUUAGAAUAGCGAGGUCAUAUCAUCAAACAGGAUGGGUAAGCCGAAAUACGAUUUUCCAACCCCCACUUUCCCAUACAAAAUACCGAAAAGAUUAAACAUCCUGAGUGUUCCGAGGAAGUACAUUAUAGAUACGGGUGAAGGAAUGCCUGCCCUGACGCCGCGGGGAAUACGAAAGUCGGCUAUCGGCGCUCAAAUAACUGAUAGAGUAACGGACGUUGCGUGGCCGUAUCUUCGACGUUUCCUCAUAAUAAAGCGGAUGUACAAACACCGCUUUAGCCAAGAGCGAAUGGAACGCAUAGAUCAUAUGAUAGAAGCCGCUAACGCUACAUGUUAUUCAAAGCUCGCAAAUUGUGUGCUAGAUCUCAAGAAACAAGACUCAAAGGAAGUUAAGAAAAAGCGCGGGUGGACUGAAAGCGAAUGGAAGAAACAUAUGGAUUACAUCUCACAGAUUGCUGGCCCGAGGAGGGACUUUAGACCGCCACCGGUUAAGAGAGGACAAGGAAAGCCAUUAGAAGCAUUAUUGCCCAGAAUCAACCAGAUAUGCCGCUUACCCGAAUUCAAGAUUUACAGAAGAUUAUCACAGGAGGCUUGGUACAGAGAUCCAGUCAAGGUUCCACCGAACGCAUUGAAAUAUGUCAUAUCAGAUCGUGUAAAGAAACUAGCUGUUGCAAGAGUUAUACCGCAGCCCGGCGCAUUCGAUUAAUUAGAUAAUUCAGUUAAAACUGUUUGCUUUCCAUCAUUUCUACACAACUUUCUUGUACGGAAUCUGUGUUGCCGUCUUACAAAAGAAGUAUUUCACUAUUUUUAAAUUACACACAAUAUGUAUUUAUUCAGAUAAUAUAUCCUAUUGUACUAAUGUAAUUAUUAAGUGAACAAUCAAAGUCGAUU